GAAUCGCACAUGAAUUUUGUGAUUUUCGAAUUCGGUGAUGACUCAUUUAAGCAAAAGGAUUUAACCAUCGAAAAACUGCAUAGUUUAAACGCGAAAGACCGAUAACCUUAAUUGGCCUACCUUUAAGUUAUUGUAGGGUAAAGUUCACUAUCAGUCAAUAUUAAACACCCUAAUUUAGCCUUGGUAACCGAAAUUUUUAUUGGCAAUAAAUAAGUCACCCGUUCAAGAAGAAAAAAAUCUAGAACAUUUUCGACGUCUGUUUAUAUUUCUGACCCAUUGAUAAACUUAACGCGUUAUCAUCAAUAAAUCAUAUUAUGCACGCGAAGAAAAAAUUAAACCAGUAACGUACGGAAAUGAACGAGCAUAUAGCUCGAAGAUUAUCAAAAGUUCAACUAUCAUCACCGAAAUGAGCCGAAGAUUUCCGAUUGCUCACGGAACCCCCGACUUAACUAUUUGAGAAUCUUUUCACUUAACGAACAGCUGUUUGACUCGUGCCAAACCCUCCAAAAGUUCGCAACGGGCCAUCUCAGCCAAGUCUUGAAACUGUCUUUACAUUAUGUGUCAGCCUUAAGGGCCGUAUGGCUAUUGUGAUUACACUCGAGUGGAAAUCAACACCGACGAAGUGCUUCCAUUGACAUGCCUUAUCAUCUGUUGAUAGUAUCUCGACCUCUUUCGGUCAGUCCUUGUCUGCCAUUACAAACGACCAACGCAGUAUCCGAUCUGUUGCGGUCGCCUCAUUUUAAAGUUGUUUUCGUUAUGAAUAUGCUUAGUUUCAAAUCUUGAUUUUAGUUGUUUAUUGAAGAAAUAAAAUGGGAAGCGAGAGGAUUUCGUUGAUGAAAAUAACUUUAGUACCUCAGAAAUUCUUUUUGUUUCGGAUCUGCGUGUUAACCAGCCGAGAAAGUCAUUGUGGGGAUUUACAUGAACAUUGACUUAUUAUUCUUUUGAAAUGAACACAAAUAGUUCUGUGAUAUUCAUCAUGAUGUUUUGGUUGGUUAUUUUCACCGCCGUGCUAAGUGCGCCCGUAACUAAGGACCCUUAUGACGUCAUUUCAUCGCCGGCCCAAAAGAAAAGAAAUAGUAAUUUUGGCGAAGACUCCGGGGAUAGUUUUGGAACAAUGGAACGUGAUUUUGUGCAAGAAAUUAUCGAACUUUUGCAAGAGCGACUAAAAGACUCAUACCAGACUAUUGAAAAAGGACCAACUAUUCCAAAAGGCGAAGAAACAAAAAUAGAAGCGACCGAAGUCGAAAUGAUAGAAUUUUUCAAAAUUUACAAACUUAUAAAACACAAACGCGAGUCAUUGAAUAGAAAUGGGUUACUGUUUGAAGAAAUCACCGAUGUGAUUGACGCGUCACGCACAGACAUUGACGAAAUGGUUCAAUUUGUUAACAUAAUGUACGACUACCUGGAAGCGAAUAUUGUUAGCAUUCUGACAGAAAUACUUACGGGAAAUAUAAGUAAGGCGUCCACCGCCUUUCAAGUAUUCAACGAGUCCAUCGAAACAGUGAACUUGAAAUUGAAACCAACAGUUUCCGGAAAUGCUGACGCUAACACGGCAAUAACUCCGAAUGUUAAUGACAAAAGACGCUCGAUCGAGGAAACUUUUCCAGAUCAUCGGGAGAUGCGACCUCAAGACCAUGUUAAAGACGACACGGAACGCGGCCUGUCCCCGGGUUUCAAUCUCCAGGUGAUGUACGAGAAGCACGGCGGUGUUUGCACGCUGAUCUCGGGCUACAGUCGCGUCCCCAUCCUCGUCAUCUCCAUGUGCCCGCUGGGAUUCCUGCGAUCCGACGUCAAGGACCUCUGCGAGCACAUCGUUCUUACAAACGGGCGCAUGCACGUCGAUAACGUAAUCGAUAUCUCGCAGACGCCAGUGCAGGAUGCGGAGGGCUUCGUUUACCGGAACAUGUACUGCGCGCAGUGCAACGGCGUAGUGGAGAUGAAGGCCUGGGAGACGAAGCUCGACUGCGACAAUCGGCAACCUCUGUCCAUCUCGGACGGUAGCAAGGAAGUGACGGUCUUGCAGUUCUUUGACGACAAAUUGCAAAGCUGCCGGCGGCGCUUGUCGCCAGCGUACAACAAGAUGAUCCACGAGUGCUCCCAUCUUGACGUCAUCAACACCAUGAACAUGUGGUACCACCAGACGCGGAUUGGCGACGCCGGAAAGAGUGAGGUGUCGCCGUUUCCGCUCUCGUUCUCUAUUCUCAUGAACUUCGGUUUCGAUGGCAAGACGCAUAUUUUGUUCACCUCCACGGGUUCGCAGCAGACAUAUGCCCCGCAAUGUGGCCAGAACGAAAAAUACGAUCCGGUAAACAGCAAAUGUCGUCCAAUCACCUGCUCCGAAGGUUAUCGACUUGUUCAAGGAUCGUGCCAGAAGAUUAUCAACUACGAAAUGGCACCAAGUGCGGACGAUCUCGCGUCUUUAGCGGACAUUGACGAGCCAGUUCAGGUCAUUUUGACAAUAAAGAACUUCACCUUCGGGGACGUAGUUAUGCUCGAAAUGAAGGGCAUUGAGGAUAUACUGAGCAUCAGUAUUGCGCAGACCUUUAAUAUCAGUUUCGAACGAAUUCAGAAUUUGACCGUUUCUGUGGUGAACACGUCUGACCUUGUUGACAAGACAGGAAAUAACAUAAUUGAGAUACAUCGCUUCACGACACCUCUUCCGUUCAAAACACACGAUGUUAUAGACAGUAAUUCCAUACCAAGACGAAAAAGUGACCAAGAUAAUCUCACAUCGGAUCACACCCCUCAAAAAGCCACCGAAAACAAUACCGAGACCGUUGAUGUGUAUGUAAACAAUCAAGAAAUAAAAGAUAACAAAUCGACGAUGCAUGCACAUUUGGCCGGUGAUUCUAAACCAAACAAUGCUAAUGCCGACGACGAAGCAUACCCCAAAGAUAAUAUCGCAGAAAUGUUUAAUGAAAGAUACUUCUCUGAUCAAAUUCAAAUCGCUAUCCGAAUAACGUUCAUCUUAAAUCCAUCACAUAAGGACGGCAUUUUGAUAGAAAAAUCCGUGAAAACUAUUGUACAGACAAUGAGUGACCUUACUGAUAGCAACGCGUUCAUGCUGACAAUAAAUGGAAAGGACUUUCAAGUAGGACAUGUGGAUAACUCGCCGCCACCGACGCCGAUUUCAUUGUUUUGUCCGAAAGGGUUCCAUCCGUUUGUUGAUGAUGCGGAGUUUGAACUCGAACGGCACUUUGACGCAAAGAAUGGACAGAACGUGACUGCUGUGAGGUUGAAGUCGUCAGGUCAGAUAUACUUUCCUGGUGAUUACGAUCUUACUUUCAACAUCGAUGGAAGCGUGGGUGAAUUGGAAAAAAUGGAGACGCAGGUCUCAAGUUUUGCCUUAAUUUGCGACAUGCCGAAAAUUGUGAACAAGACGUGCGGGCGAAUAGUUUUAAAUGAACACGAAUACACGCUUUUCUCAAACAAGUCGAUAAUGUUUGCGAAUCAUGUUUACAACACGACCGAAUACGAGUACGAAAAUGAAAGCUCGAACACCGUGUUUAUUUGUUCGCCGGAUUGGCUUACGGCCGAAAGACUUGUUGACGACAGCGAAAUGACUAUGGCGUGUGGUAACACUAUGAUCAAACUGGUCGUUGCUGAGAGUUAUUUAACUUUUAUCUUGGGAGUAAUUUCUCUUGUCUGCAUGUUUUCGGUAUUGGUCACCUACAGUAUAUUCGAAAAACUGAGAAAUUUACCGGGGAUUAACACCAUGAACUUAACACUGUCUCUUUUCUUGGGAGAGUUGUUGUUCAUAAUUUCUGGGUGGGUAAAGGAGCACCAUGGUUGGCUUUGUUCGUGCUUUGGCGUCAUCCUUCAUUACUUCUUCCUCGCAUCUUUCUUCUGGAUGAACGUCAUGGCAUAUGACGUUUUCAAGACGUUCGCGCAAAAGUGCAUCCUGCUCCGACUCCGUGAAAAACGGAAAUAUGCCCCGCGGUACGCGCUGUAUGCAUGGGGGUGUCCGCUUGUAAUCGUCGGAUUUUGUUGCUUGAUUGACUUUGGCAAGAUCUUUGACUCUAUUAAAAUAGGAUAUGGUGGAAACUCUGUGGCUGAUCCGGAGUGGAUAUCGGGGGUAGCGGCAAGGAAUGAGCACAGCGGAAAAAGUAACACUACCAGUAGCAAGAGUCACGUCUACAGCAUCGGAUGUUGGAUUCAGAACCCCGUAGCGUCCAUGGUGGCGUUUGGUGGACCCAUGAUCCUUAUUCUGCUAAUAAACGCCGUCAUGUUUUCGCAGACGAUAAUCAGCAUUCAUGCGAGCACCAAGGCGACGCGGACGAGCGUUCGGAAAUCCUCGUUUAACCGUAUGACGGGCAAAGAUGACGUCAUGCUGUACAUGCGCAUGUCCACCGUGAUGGGGUUCACGUGGGUUUUCGGACUGGCCUCGUCCUUGGUCAGCGCGUUCGCGGAACCCGCCUCUCAGACGGUGUGUAUCAUUCUCCAUCUCCUCGGGAUCUUUUUCAUCGUGUUCAACUGCUCGCAGGGGAUCUUCAUUUUCUUCGCGUUCGUCUUCAACCGGCGAGUGUUCGCCAUGUACAACGGUCUAGUUAAGCGUCUGAAACAAGGCCGGCACAGACCGAGCUCGGUGUCGUUAAGUCGACACACGAUAACUACGGUCGCAAGCCAGGGAUCGUUCUCGACAAUAACGUGAGCCGUUUGGCCGAGUACUGACUUUAAACAUUGACUCCAUCAUCGCUAGCCGUGUAUCGUUGAAGCAAUUACAUGUAAUUGUGUUGAUAGUUUUUCUGCAACUUCCGGUAUACAACGUCAAUCAAUGACAGUAUAAUUAAAUGUGUUCAUAUCACACAAUUGCUAGCCAAUCAUAAAUGUGAGGAAAUUAUAAGUGUACACGUAAAAUAUAUGUGUGUUUCUAAACUGACUGGCUAGUUUUAUUAUGUAUGUGUGUUCAUAAAAUCUCUAGCGAACCAAUUAUUUGUGUAUUAAAAUGAAGUUAGAUGCGAAUAAUUAAUGUAUUCAUACAUGCCUGUGGCAAUACACUGGUUCCUGUCACUUGUGCACUUGUUUGUAAUAUGAAUUGCUUAGCUUUAGUGCUGUAUGUCGGAAAUAUGCAUGGGAAUUGUAUACGUGUAAUAACGUUAAAUGAAUUUGUUUUGUCCGACUGGCCAUUAUUGUAGGUGCCAAUCCUUUUUUAGUAUUCCAAGUUGAGUUUCAAUCCAUUUUGCUUCUUUAGGUCAUAUACGUAAGACAAUCUAAUA